UCUGUGCAAAGGAAAAUGUUUCACGAAAGAUGCUCAAAAUAUAAUUCGAUCAGAUGAAGCCCAUGUUAAAAAGCCAAAUAUUUCAGUGAAGGACGACACUGAGCUCUUCACUGUGACCAUGACUGAGCUGAGAGCAGAGGAUGCUGGGAAAUACUGGUGUUCAGUGAAAGACGUGCUUCUUCUUCCUGUUGAGCUCAUGAUCAUCAGGAAGGACGGGGUCUCUCAGGAAGCGUCUGUUGGAGAAUCGGUGAACAUCAGCUGUAAACACAUCAGGAAUCAACAUCAGAGGUUUUUCUGUAGAGGAGAUCAGCCCAAUAUCUGCAUCAGAGACGGAGUUCAUGUUUCAUCCAGUAACAGUGAAGACCACAGAUUCUCUCUGACUGAAGAAACCUCUGCUGGAGUCUUUACUGUGAAGAUCAGAGACCUGAGAGAAGAGGAUUCUGGGAAAUACUGGUGUGGAGAAGAGAGUUCUGGGUCCUUCAUAUUCACUGAAGUUCAGCUACAUGUGACCAGAGAAAUGACCUCUCCUACCAGCAAAGAGGAAACAGAAAAGCCUGGCUCCUCUGUGAAGGUUGCUGUUCCUGUGGGAUUGCUCCUGCUGGUUCUGGUUACAGCCUUAAUCUUAUUCAAACUAAAACACAGGAAACACGGGACUGCUUCAUCGUCAGAGACAGCUCAAGAGGUGAUUCAAGAUGCCAGACAGCAUUCAGUCUCAGAUCCCGAAUCAGCUCAUCUCUAUUCCACCGUCCAGUCACCCACAAUCCCCUCUGAUGGGCUCCUGUACUCCUCUGUCAGUUUCCAGAAGCACGAAGAGUCUCUCAGUGACUCUUCAGUCAGAUUCAGUGAAGACGAGAUUCACUGUGAAUAUGCAUCCGUCAAUCACAGCAUUGGACCAAAAUAAUAUCAGCACUGGAUUUUUGUUUUAGAAGGAUGUCUGUAAUAAUCAAUCCGUGUCAUUGAAGAAGUUAUAGAGCGGUUAGCGACACGUCGCUGUUGAGAAAGAAGCUGAAAUGUUUCUCGUUGACUAAAGAAAACAUGGACUUUUAUUUGAAAUGUGCUUUUCAUCUUUGUAUUUGCCGGAGAUGCAGCUUCAUAUUAUGCACAAGCUUUUUUUUCAAUUGCACUCAUUGUCAUUCAUGUCAGUUUGUUAUAAAAUGUGAUGUACAUAAUAACUUGCUAGGAUUAAAAUAUUUUUUAUUCUGUAAAAAUCAACUUAAUUAGCAAUAAACUAUAUUUUUAGAAAUAUCUACUAAAUUAGAAAAAAAAUCACAUUUUAAC